GGCUUUUGCCAUUUUUUUCCAUCGCUCUCCCCUCUCUCCUCUCCUCUCUCUCCAUCCUCAUACACACACACAUACACACUCUCUCUUUUCUCCGCUCUUCUUUCUCAAAAAAGCCAUGAAGGCGAUCCUGCGAUCCAUCUUCGCCUCCGCGCCAUCUUUGUAUUAUUUCUAAUUAGUUUUAAUUUUUUUUCCCCUCCUAAAUUAUUUUUGUUGUGAUUGUGUGUGGAUGACGAAGGCGCCGGACGAAGACAUUCUUUUGCCCCACCGGAGUCUCCUAUGUGUAACCCCGGCGCUUCCCGAUGUGAUCCGCACUGAGCGCCGCCGCCAGCCACCAUGUCUCGCCGCAAGCAAGGCAAACCUCAGCACUUAAGUAAACGGGAUUUCUCGCCAGCCGACCCCCUUUCCACGGCAGUCGUCUCCUCGGAGGAGUUGUCGGAGCGUUGCUCGGAGCACUCGGAGGGGAGCGGCAGUCUCAACGGCCACCGCCCAGGCUCUACCUUAGGCCGGCUAUCGCGGCUGGGUCAUGACCCUCACCAUUCAUCGGAACAGGACCUGCUGACCUGCGGCCAGUGCCAGGCCACGUUCCCCUUGGCGGACAUCCUGCUCUUUAUCGAGCACAAGAGGAAGCGAUGUCACGGUCCUCCGUGUCUGACGGUGGGCCGAGGACUGGACAAGCCUCCCUCCCCUUCCCCGGGCCUAGCUCUGACCCCGUCUCCCGCCUUGAGCUCCCUGCGCAGCCGAAGGCCCGUGGAGGUCGGCAUCCAGGCCACGCUGGCGGAUGACGACGACGAUCGCUUCUCGUCACCUCGGGGAAUCUUCCCCAAACAGGAGCUCCUCCCAGGCAAAGAAGAACCGACAACCUACACGUGCACUACAUGCAAACAGUCAUAUGGCAGUGCCUGGUUCCUGCUGCAGCACGCCCAGAACUCCCACGGUUUUCGUAUCUACCUGGAGAGUGAACACGGAAGUCCUCUCACCCCACGAAUGGGUGGACCUUCAGUCCUGGGUGGGGGCGCAGAUUGCCCUUCUCAUCCUCCCCUUCACGGUCUCCAUCUGCCACCUGAUGCAAGCCCUUUCAAUCUCCUCCGAAUCCCCGGCUCGGGCUCAGGAGGAAGGGACAGUGUGGGAGCAGGAAGUACACUGGGGGUUGGCGGUGGGCUCCAUCAUCAGCGUUUUCCUCCCACGCCACCUAUCUUCAGCCCCCCUCCCAGGAACCAUCUGGACCCCCACCACCUGAGCCCGGAGGAACUGGCGCUGGCAGCCCACCACCCGAGUGCCUUUGACAGGGUGCUGCGCCUCAAUCCUCCCCUUCCCAUGGAGCCCCCUCCAACAAUGGACUUCUCACGGCGGCUACGGGAGCUGGCGGGUAACACCUCAGGAUCCACUCCCCCUCUAUCACCCAGCCGGCCUGGCCCCAUGCAGCGCUUACUCCAGCCAUUCCAGACAACAAUGGGAAGCAUAGGCUCAGGAGGUGGAGGUGGCAACAAAACUCCAUACCUUGCAACUCCACCUCCUCUGUCAGGCUCCAUGCAGUCCCCAGUGGGCUCUCAGACCACUCCUCCCACUCCCCUUCCCACUGCAGGUGCAACACCCUCGACCAACACUCCCCUGAAAUCAAAGUGUUGUGAGUUUUGUGGCAAAGCGUUCAAGUUUCAAAGUAAUCUAAUAGUGCACCGGCGCAGCCACACGGGAGAAAAGCCGUACAAAUGCCAUUUGUGUGACCAUGCCUGCACACAGGCGAGUAAAUUGAAGCGCCAUAUGAAAACUCACAUGCACAAAUCCUCCUCGCCAAACACAGGCAAAUCUGAAGAUGGACUUUCGACCGCCUCCUCUCCAGAGCCUGGCACUAGUGAACACAUAGGCAGUGCGAGUAAUGCCCUUAAGUCAGUGGUGGCCAAGCUGAAAUGUGAAAAUAACAGAAUGCUACGCGAGAACGGAGAGGAAGAGGAGGAAGAGGAGGAAGAAGAAGAGGAGGAAGAGGAAGAGGAGGAGGAAGAAGAAGAAGAAGGAGAGGAGGAAGAAAUGCAGAAUGGUGAGAGGGCAGCAAGGCGAAAUAACAGCUACCACUUUGGCUUGAACCUUGAAGCCCCACGUCAGCAUGAAAACAACGGCGGUAUCGGAACCCGACUGGGAGGAAUGACUGAUGAGGGGUCCAUUCCACGUUCGCUCCCUGAAGUCAUGCAGGGAAUGGGUCUUGCCGCGAGCAUGCAACAUUUCAGCGAAGCCCUCAAUGCACACAAAAGGAACGCAAUCGCCCAGGAGAACCACCUCCAGAACCACCUUAACAGAGGACACCCGCAAAAUCGGGAGAUGUGUGAUUCUAACUCAGUACCAGAAACAAAUCGUGGCGAGGAGGGCUCGCUCUCAACCGUCAAUGGACGUGGAGCAUCUCCUAAUGAAUCUGCCUCUGUCUGCCUUUCAAAAAAACUUCUUUUGGGUAGCCCAAGUCCGCUAAGUCCUUUUUCCAAACGCAUCAAGCUGGAAAAAGAAUUUGACCUCCCCACUCCCACAAUCCCAAACACGGAGAACGUCUAUUCACAGUGGCUUGCUGGCUACGCUGCUUCUCGACAGCUCAAGGAUCCUUUUCUGAACUUUGGAGAUUCAAGACAAUCGCCCUUCGCCUCUUCAUCCGAGCAUUCCUCAGAGAAUGGCAGUCUGCGAUUCUCAACUCCCCCGGGGGAACUCGAAUGCGGGAUGUCAGGUCGCAGCGGUACAGGAAGCGGGGGAAGCACACCUCAUCUCGGCGGUCCCGGCCGGCCUAGCUCCAAGGACGGUCGAAGGAGUGACACUUGUGAAUACUGUGGCAAGGUAUUCAAGAACUGUAGUAAUCUGACUGUGCACCGGCGCAGCCAUACGGGGGAAAGGCCAUACAAGUGUGAGCUGUGCAAUUACGCUUGUGCCCAGAGCUCCAAACUUACUCGUCACAUGAAGACCCAUGGUCAGGUGGGGAAGGAUGUGUACAAGUGUGAAAUCUGUCAGAUGCCCUUCAGUGUCUAUAGCACCUUGGAGAAACACAUGAAAAAAUGGCACAGUGACCGUCCGUUGAGUACCGAAAUAAAGUCAGAGUAGAAGGCCGAACAAUAGGACCUUUCCCCCACAGCUGUCUGCCACUCGAUCCCUGUUUAUUCCAAAACUCUUGCCGUUUUUGCCCCAACCCCAAAACUCCACUUUAACCAGGCUGGUGGAAAGUUUAAGACCAUUUGCUCUGCACCAGCAGACCCCGUGUCCAUUACCCAUUGAAUGCAUGAUCUGUAUCGGGGCAAUACUCUUGCAUCGAGGCAAAACUUCGAGCCUUUUUCUUGUGCAAUAAAUUACAUGUUGUGUACAAUUUAAUUUCGGCAGUUUUCCGUUUUCAUUUCGAAGAAUUUGUCAGCAUGCAUAGUAUGUUUUUGUUCAUCAAAAACAAAAAAGACAUGAAAAAAAAACAAACAAAAGAACUUGUCCCUGGUUAGUUACUUGUUUAGUAAAUGUGUUGCUGUUUUUCUCUUGUUCUGUUUGUUUUUCUUCUUUUUAUUCCUCAAAAAGAGAAAAGACAAGAAAGAUACAGUAUACCCAUGCUGCAUAUACCCUGUAACACAUAUCAUGUACAGUUUUGUGUUGUUACAUGGGAAAUAACCCACUUCUGGAACCCCUGGAAAUGCACUUAUCCGGAUCUUUCUAAAAGAUGCCAUGUUCACACAGGGUUUAAAAAAAAAUACUGCAUUGGUUGGAAGGCUAAAAUAAAUUUCAAUAACACAAGGGUGUGCAAAGACUUCAAAUUGUACUAUCAUUUGGUAGAGUAAGAAAGAGUGCCUUUGAUAUCGUAAAACUACAUUGGCCAUAUUCUUAUCUGGAAUAAGUUUGGGGGCCACACGAGGCUGUUGAAACCACCAAGUAAGGGUCCUUGCAUCAAGCACCUGCCUGCCCCGGUGGACUGUGACACCUCAUAAUCAAAGAUUCAGUUUCUCGUAAUGACCAUUUAGCUACCUAGUACAUGUUCAAUGAGCUUACAGUGGUAUGAAAAAGUAUCUGAACAUUUUGGAAUUUCUCACAUUUCUGCAUAGAAUCACCAUUGAAUGUGAUCUGAUCUUUGUCAAAAUCACACACAUGAAAAAACUGUCUGUUUUAACUAAAACCACCCAAACAUUUAUAGGUUUUCAUAUUUUAAUGAGGAUAGUAUGGUAACAAUCACAUCAGGGUGAAAAUUAGCAAGUGAAACAUCAUAUUUGAUAUUUUGUGGGCCCCUCCUUGGCAGCAAUAGCUUGAACCAGGUGCUUCCUGGAGCUGCAGCUCAGUCUAACAUAUUGAUCAGGACUAAUAUUGGCCCAUUCUUUUCUACAAAACUGCUGUAGUUCAGUCAGAUCCCUGGGAUGUCUGGCAUGAAUCGCUGUCUUUAGGUCAUGCCACAGCAUCUCAAUCGAGUUCAAGUCUGGACUUUGACUUGGCCACUCCAGAACGUGUAUUUUGUUCUUCUGAAACCAUUCUUUAGUUGAUUUACUUCUGUUUUUUUUGUUUUUGUUUUUUUCAGCAUCCAUCCUCAUUUUAGCUUCAACUGUCUAACAAACGGCCUCAGGUUUUCCUGCAAAACAUCCUGUUAAACUUUUGAAUUCAUUCUUCCAUUAAGUUGUCCAGGCAGCAAAACAGCCCCAAAUCAUGAUGCUCCCUCCACCAUGCUUCACAGUGGGGUUGAGGUGUUGAUGUUGGUGAGCUGUUCCAUUUUUCCUCUACACAUGAAGUUUUGUGUUACUCCCAAACAAUUCAACUUUGGUUUCAUCAGACCACAACAUAUUUUGCCAAAAUGUCUCUGGAGUGUCCAAGUGCCUUUUUGCGAACAUUAAACAAGCAACAAUGUUUUUUUUUUUUUUUUAGACAGCAGUGACUUCCUCCGUAGAAUCCUCCCAUGAACACCAUUCUUGGCCAUAGUUUUUUAUACUGGACUGUCUCAGAAAA